GUCAUUCUGUUGGCUUUAACAAUCAUUCCAAGCCAGUACAACAGUCGUCAGGUACUAGCACAAUGCCAUUUAUGACGAACGAGAAUCAGAAAAGCUGCAGAAAACGAUUGGAUUUUAAUGGACAGUAUUGUGGUGCAUCAACUGUCAUUCAAUUACCUCUUGAUGUAACUGCUGAGGGUAGUGAAUUAGGAAGAUCAAAGUGUGAUGAAAAACUUCAAAUUACUAAAGUACAAGUUUCAGCCUCAGAUAACGUAUCUCCUGUCACAAUUCUACCCAACAGUUCCUCUAAAAAUCCGAUUGAUGACACUGCUCUGGAAGAGCGAACUUCACCUGUUGAGAAAGAAACUUCUGCGGAUGUUGUACUUCAGGAUUCUUCCUAUGGACGCUGCACUGAUUUGGAGCUGGCGGAGUCAGUAGACAAAAGUCAGCAUAUCCUCAGCGAGACAUUCACUGUUGAAUUGAAUGAUGCGGGUCGCUCUGAUGCAGUGGAAUUGAACCCCGAUAAUUUUCAAGCUGGCGCAGGUCUUCCAGAAAUUAUUUCUAAUCACAGUACUAGCCAUGAGCCCAAUAGCACUCUCGAGUCAGAUGUAAAAAUUAAUUCUAAGAUAAAAUUGGAAGCGACUACAGAGCAUUCCGUCGAUGAUACGAACGAUCGCACCAGUCAACCAGUUAGAAUGAGUCUGAGUGAUUUUUCAUAUCAAGUGGGGAAUCAUGAUGAUAAAUUAAUCGAGAAGAAUGAAGAGACGACAAUCGUUGCAGAAUUGGACCUAGAUGAAAACAAGACGAAAUUACUGGAAAAUUUACGAGAUCCAUCCAGAGUAGGAAAUAUACCGGGAAAGGAAAAAGAAGAUGUCUGUAAGCCAGUUGAUGCGAACGAUUGUACCAGUUUGCGAGGGGGAACCAGUCCAACUGAUUUUCCGUCUCAAGUGGGAAACCACGAUGAAAAAUUCAUUGAAGAGAAUGAAGAUACGACGAUCAUUCCAGACUCAGACUGCGAUGAAAACGAUACUGAGUUGCUGAAAAAUCUGCGAGUCCCAUUCAUAGCAGAAAAUCUAUCGGUAAAGAAGGAAAAAGAUGUUUAUGAGCCACUUGACCAUAAUUUCAACGAAAAAACCUCGACAAUACCUGCAAGAAACAGCACUUUUGAUGAGCUACUCAGUAAGAAAUUUGUGGCACAGAAUGUAACUGUCACGGAAUCGUUUCUUGAAGAUUUACUCCAUGAUUAUGGGCCUCAGUCAGCUCCUAGUGAAGUGGAAGAUUGUGGAGGAGUAGUAACUGAACAAUCAAGGAACAACGUCGAAGUUGACAGUAUGAGGGUCGAUGGAAAUAUUCCGAAAUAUCACAACAGUAAUAAAACACCUUGCGGUUCGCUGAAAAAAUCAGUGAAAACAAAAGGUGUGCCAAAGCUCACCCAGAUUGAGGUUGUUGAGCGUCCGUAUUACAUAUUCAGAAAAACAGAGCAAUGUGUACAGGGUAAUCGUCGCGAAGAAUGUUCCAGGGCUCAUCAUCGUGAAAUACCUGAUGAAAGUGUUAAUAAUGGUCAAAAUGACGACAAUCCUGGAGUGUUUGGUAGGCCCCGAUUCCAUUCCACCAUGUGCGAUUCAAGAGAUGAAGCCACUGAAACAAUACAUUCUCGAGAUGAAGAAAUUACCGAAGAUGGCGAUGAAGAAAUUUCUGAAGAUGGCGAUAGUUCCGAUAAUUACAAUCCAGAAGAAGACAACAAUCAAGAACCAGAUUCAGAUGAAUACACGACAGAGGAAGAACUAGAAAAAGAAUCCCACCCUCCUGAGCCACUCAAUAUAACACAUCAAGGGAAUCCACCUAUCUCUGCUCCAGAUGAUAGAGACUUGCACGUAGAUGUGUCAUCGUCUGGGACAAAAAAACAUUUUUGUCUCUACUGCCAUAAAUUCCAAACGAAAUUGGCAAGACACUUGACUUUGGUUCAUGCAGAUCAGGAGGAUGUGAAAAAAUUUAUGGUCUUACCACCAGGAACACGAGAACGACAGGAAAUUAUCUCUGUUAUCAGAAAAAAUGGUGAUUUCGUAUUUAAUUCUGACAGACGCUUCAACGAUGGCUCCUUGAUCGUUUGUAGACGACCAACCCCAAAGAUGAGAAAGACGGCAGAAGAUUUCACCGUUUGUGCUAACUGCAAGGGUCAGUACUCAAAAUCUGUUGUACGACAUCAUUUUCGUGAGUGUGCUAAACAUGAUGGGAAGAAUCAGCGGAUUGUAUUGGUAAAGGGAAAGAAAAUUGCUGCUCGAGUGCACUCCCGAGCGAGCGUCGAUGUUCGAAACAAAAUUUUUCCAUAUUUGAGAGAAGAUGAGGUCGUUAAGAGUAUACGAUACGAUGAACUGGUUACCUUGUAUGCGAAUAAAAUGUGCGAGAAGCAUGGAACUCAUCAGCAUCUUUUCCAGAUGAUUCGAGCUAAAUUGCGUCUUUUGGGUCGAUUUCUCAUUGCAAUACGAAAGAUUGAGAACCGUAUUGAAAAUUUCAGUGACGUUUAUCAACCAAGAUUUUAUGAUGCAGCUGUGGACGCUGUUCGAGUGGUAGCAAAAUUUGACCCUGAGAAGAAAAUCUUCGACGCUCCAGCAGUUGCUGCAGGAUAUGGCACACUUUUAAAGAAGGUCGGUGAGAUUCUACGCUCUGAAUGUAUAAAAAAAGAGCGGGUGGACGAGCAAAUCGACUUGAAGAUUUUUUGAAAUUGCUUGAGGAGGAUUACGGUACGAGCAUUAACCGUGCAGUAACCGAAACACAAACGCAAAACAAUCGCAGAAAAGAAGUGAUACUCCCGACUACGGAUGAUAUCAAGAAGCUGUUUGCUUAUGUAACAACAGAGCGCA